AUGUCGCAGAACUGGUCUAUCAAGGAGGCAACCCCCGACGACAUUCCUGAGCUGCUCGAGCUCGUCGUCGGUCUCGCCAUCUACGAGAAGGAACCAGAUGCCGUCACCUGCACGCCUGAGAUGAUGCGUAAGGCCAUCUUCGACGACAAGUAUGCGCACGCUCUCAUUGUGCGCCUCGACUCGGGUAAGGCCGUUGCGCUUUGCAUCUACUUCUUCACGUACUCGACGUGGCUCGGCAAGCCCGGCCUCUGGGUCGAAGACAUCUACGUCGUGCCCGAGAUGCGCGCCGCCGGCAUCGGCAAGGCUGUCUUCGGCUACGUCGGCGAGAUUGCGCUCCAGCGCGACUGCGGGCGUGUCGAGUGGUGCGUGCUCAAGUGGAACACGCCCAGCAUUGAGUUCUACGAGAAGAAGCUCGGCUCGACGCCCCAGGUCGAGUGGGAGACUGAACGCCUCGAGGGUGUCGAGCAGAUCAAGAAGCUGGCCGCGCUCAAGGUCUAG